AAGUGGCACACAGACAAACUGAGGACCCAUGUGAGCAAGGAGACAGUACAGAGUGCCUCUGAGGAGAGAUUUGGGCCCUUGGUAUGGGCAGUGCCAGGAAUGCACAGCUGUUGUGAGAGUGCAUAUGGUUUGGUCCUGUAGGUAAAGAGCAAGAGUCCAGUCUCACUUCUGCCCAUGGCAUCUGCCAUUAGUGUUAGAGCUGACUGCUCCUCACUUCCUGAGUCAGUGUCAGAAGUGUCACGGUGUUGCUGACCACUCCUGGUCUGUCAGAGCAGCUGUAGUUGUACCUCCCAGUGAGGAUCCUGAUUUCUCUCUCAUUACCAGCCGCUUCCUGCUUCUCGCAGCUAGUGCCAGAAGUGUUGAGUCCAUAUUGCUUAAAGCACUUGAUCUAUUUGAAUUGAGUGUUCUCAUGGUACUGAUAUUUCCUCUAAUGUGUGUGUGAGGAGGAAUGGUCCCCCAUACAGUCUGAAUUUGGAUUAUAUGAUAGUAUACAUAGAAUGCAUCGCUAUAGAAAGCUCGGGAGGUAGCAGCAGAGAUGGACGUUGAGUAACUUGAAAGCAGCAACUUGCAGACAGUCCUUCCCUGAAGGAAAAAGUACAGUAUGUGCAGAUGGCCAAAACCUAAGUGGGAAGGAGGUUUUUUCUGUCCAAUAAAAUCUGGUUAAGUCCCUUGAUGGAACAGGAAUCCGUGUGGGGGCUGACGUUGGCGUAAUGCAGAGGAGACUUCUGACAGUGGAACCUGAUGGAGCCCUACGAGAAAGAGGUGGAGAGGUCAGUUGGUGUUUUUGACAGAUCUUGAGCUAAUUUUGCUAUGCAAACUAAGUAGUGCUUUAGUAUAUAAGCAACUAGUGACUGUGAAUAAGGGUAGAGGAAUGUCUCCAAGGGAGUUCGAGUACAAAUGGCCUGAAGAGAGAUGAUUACUACAAAGACUACCACUACAGUCAUUGGAACUGGAAGUAGGUUAAAUGCUGAAGAUUUCAGUAUUCAGUCAGUGCUGCACUUGGUGCUGCUUCUUCCUACUUGCAGUAACUGUGACCAGGCACAGGCUACAGUCUUAAACACCUCAUUUUAUGCAGCCUCAAAAAAUUAUCAAUAACCCUCCAAGCAGAGGAACCAGGUGGUUUGUAACCAGAGUGCAAGCUCUGAGAGAAGCCAGUGUGGGCUGUGAUGUGUUUGUAGGAAAUGGGAUCUAAGACUGUUCUGCAGGUAAGUAGGAGAUGAAGUACUUGAGGGCUGCAGCCAGUGAAGUUAAUACACAAUUGCAGGGGUGUUCUUCAUACUCCCAGUGGCUUUUCUCCAAGUGGAAAAAUCCUCACACACCUAAACAGUGGAAAAGAGUGUAGCUAGAGAGCAGACUUGGUAGUUGCUCAGCUCAGUGGUCCCUCAGGUCCUGGCAGGUUUAACUGUGCUGCUGACCAGAGCACAUGUGGUUUGUUACCUGGGGGAGGGCUCUGAUGGAGGUGAUGCCACAGCCAACAAAGCAGCUCUCCACCCUGCAGCCACUGCUGUGCUGGAGCACCCUGAGGCACGCCAGCAGGGACAGGUCUCUCCGAAGUCCUGUUACAGUAGUGGGUGCAGCAGCCAGUACGAGACCCAGGGGCCAGAACUGAAUCAUUGCAUGGAGCGGCCAGGUUCCUUCCAAAGAACAAGCUGGUUUGGCUGAGAUCACUCCAGGAACUGAGAAUUGCUCCUUUUCUUCACCCUCAUCCAAUUCUGCUGCUGCUAACGCAGCCAUUUUUGCCUGAUGAAGAGAUGCAGAACAAGGUUCUUGAACAAGAUUCUCAAACAUCUUGAACACAAUUUAAAACUGCAAAACUACAAGUCUAAAAAAGAGGUCAUCUUAAAGGCUGGGGCAGCCUGGGGGUCACUCUCCAUGUUUAGCAAGCCGUGCCCGAUGACAUUUGCAGCCCUGCGCAUCCUUCGGAAGCGGCUCCUGGCCAGCCAGGAACGGACGGCUGGAGAGGCAAUCAGAAGAAAUUGAGUACAAAGAGCCUUGGAGGCUCUUGCACACAGUGUAAGAGAUGGCAUUUGAGCACUUCUGCCACUUCACACAUCCACUGGAACUGUGACCUGUUACCCUGUGUUCAGCCACACCCUUGCCAAAUUACCUGCUUGGAUGACAGUUGCGGACCACCUCUCCCUCUCUAGUUUCUUCUGUUUAAAUCUUCUCCAGCAACACUGAAUGCAAAAUGCUUUCUCAUUUAGCACCUCUGUCCUUCUGGCUUCAAGCUGCUCUAGCUGCAUUGGGGAAACGAGCACAAGCCUGCAGUUAGUACUUGAAGACAGAGUUGUGCUCACGCUCUUCCCUCUUCUGCAGUCUCUUGGUGUUUGUCAGAAAGCCACAUAACGUUUCAGUGUCCUAAAACUGCUGGACUGGGGCUUAGAAUUUGUGAGGGGACAGAGUUGUGGGGAGGAAAUCUGGAGUCUUCCUAAGUCACAGUAGCAGCUGGCUUAAAACUAGCUCCAUUGAGUGUUCUCUUAGGGCUGUACCCUCCAGUAUGAACCUUUACAAAAGCGUUGUCUCCUUCAGCUCUUUCACAAAGCAGCUGCUCAGGCCUGUCAGGCUGAGUCUGUCAGCUGAAGCUGAGGACGACUGUCACGGUUAGCAGAACUUGGAGGAAACUGACAGCACGAGGCAAAGGUGCAGCUCCUGCCCAUUAGCAGCAAGGACACCACUGAGCAAAGUCCUUCUCAUAGCUGGACCCUGAUGAAUAUUUGACUGGGUUUAAUAAUUUGAAGGAGAAUGCCAAAUCCUGGUCACGGGAGUACAACCUAAACCAUGAUGACAGUCUGUGCCAGAGUGCCCAUGUGAGCCCAGGGAACGGCCCUCUUACCGCAGAAUUGACCAUAAAGACUUUGGUUUUGCCACAGUACACGGGGCUGUUUUCUGCUCUGUUCCCUGCUUGCUCAGCUGUAGUUUGUCCCGUGACAACAUUCUGAAGGAUCUCAAAAACGACAGAAUGUGAUGCUCUGUCAUGAUCCACCGCUGCAGUCUCGCCUGCAAGUGAAGCAGUGAGGAGAAGGUAUCACCACACUUGGAAACCAGGGCUUUGAAUUGUCUUGAUGCUGAGACUUCUUGGCUGUUUAGGGGGGUACACCUACAAGAGGGGAGGGGGUGAUGGCUGAGCCAUCACUAGAUCUGGCUGUAUUUAAGGGGAAAAUGUGACAGCAUAGAUUUCACCAUGAAAUUUCACCACCAGUAACUAGAAAAGCAGCGUGGUGUGUUUGAUCUCAGAUGCAGUUUGGGUGCUGCCUUAUCACCUGCUCCAUGCUGUCACUCGGUACCAAACCCCAUUUUGGGUAGCUCUAAAGAAUAAAGCAGACAGGGGGGCUCAGCUUUCUCCCAUUGUUAAUGCAUCCUACAUGGGAACAUUGGAAAGCAACAGCAAUGCAAUUAAGAAUAGUUUUGAGCAGUCCUACGAAAAUCUGGUGAAUUACAACUGAAAGCCAUUGGGAACACAGAACAAAAAGGCAUUAGACUUGUAGCCUUUAUGUACUGAAAGAUGCAGGACCAGAAAACAGAUUCUACCCAAUUCUAGAGCUUUCCCAGGGCAGCAGCAGCAGCUGCAGGGACACACGCUAAGCAGGAGUUUAUUGCAUCAAUCAGAGGUCAUUAAAACCAUUUCUGGGACAUAGUACACAAUUUUUCACGUUAUUGGACAAGCAGGUUAGGCAGAUUAAUCUAUUUGGAAAUAGGGGUGGAUUUAAUUCAGACCUGUCCUCGAAAGAGAUUGUGUUGUUCAAGGCAAUGCUGCAUGAGCUUCUGCAUGCCCAAUGCCGGAACUUGAUGGUCAUUGUAUCUUUCCAUCCUGGAUACUGUUUGCUUUUCUGCUAUAAAUAUUUCUAAGGAGAUGAGAGCAUUUUAAGGCACUGAAAACAAAUCAAAGCGAUUCUUGCUUACAGGAAGACAUCUGGUGACAAUGAUGGUGUUCAUGGGGCUGGGCUGAUAAAAGAACCAAAACCUUACCCCACAUUUAGGAAAUUAUUUUGCUUUGUUUGCAGCUUAUUACCUGCUGAAGAUAACAAGGACGAGUAAUCUAUCACUGUGAGGUAUUCUAGCUAAUGGGUUUAUAAUUGAGGGAGAAAGAUAUGGUGUGUAAGUAAUUUUCCAGCCUGUACUUGGUUCCAUUUCUGCAAGGUGAAGAGAUUUCCAGCCAUUCUGUUUAUCUGAUGUAGGCUGGAACUUACUGGUCCUGCUUCCCACUCCUGCUGGUUACACAACACACCCGUGAGGUGAAAAUGGGAUUCAUCUGGGAGGGAGAAGGGAGUUGCAGCAACUUCCAGUGUUAAAUGUAACCACCUGAGGAGCUCCUCCUUUCAGGGGUUCACACCAAAGACGUUACCUUGUAGACUGGAUUGUGGUUUUUACAGUCCAUCCUCACUCUUGCUUACAAAAAAGAAUCACAUACAGAAGUUUGCAAAAGGCAGAAGAAGAAGCAGCAGAAUCCAGGAAUGGAAGAAGCUCUGAUUUGGUGAUAGAUGGUCCACUCAGAUGAAAGGUCUGCUAAUAAAGCAUCUGCUUGUACCAGCAAUGGUUCACUGGCAAUCAGACCACAAAUAUUACCCAGAUUUACAUGGCCUGAAGGAUUUAUUUGGAGAAAGGUCACAAGGUUGAGAUUCAUCCACUGGAUUAGAGAAUUGAACAUUCCCAAGAUGGAGAAGGCCUGACAAUACCUGAAAUAUAAUCAGUCAUGGGUUUUCUAAAACAGAACUCCUGCAAGGCAGUGCCCUCACAGCCUUCCCUUAGCCUUGGGAACAGGACAAGUCAAAACAUUUCUGCACAAAAAAAAAAAGCAAGUGGAUUCCAAGCUUCCAUGUUAAUUCCUAAUGCUGCAAUGGCUGAAGCAAAACUGAAGCUCAUGGGAGCUGGUUUUUAGUUGAAGUCUAGUAUUCAGCUAUGUAACCUAUGGGGCUGUAGGCCCCAUGCUCUGUACAUCAAUACACAUUUACUUCUGCAGAAAUCCCACACUAAAAACCCAUUCCAAACAUCAGCAGCAGCCUCGUGGUGACAAUGCUUUGUACCUGACCUUGAAAAUAUUGUUCUGCGUGGAGCGGUCAAUGCCCAAGUGAAACAUUGCAUCUCUGGUCACCUCGAAGCAGUCCUCUGAAAAGCCAAACAAGUGCUGUUUAAAGGAAAGCCAUGCACACAAACACAGGCAAGCAGAACACUCUACACCACCUCCAGUUCAGCUGCAGGUCUCAAUGGAGAUCACACAAGCCAGAUGCUCCUUUGGUAAUGCCAGAGUACAAGCUGGACAACCAAGUCAUUGACUUAAUACUGCCUCUGUGUUGCUCUGAUGUUAGGCAGCACGUUGCUGAAGCACAUCUGAAGACAAGACAGUUUCUAAACAUAGCCACAGAGAUGCAAAUUCACUAGGCCAGAAACUGCUGGUUCAACUCAGGUGAAAACUCUUAAUAGUGCAAACUGAAACUUAAGAGAAUCACAUCAACACAGGUGGCUGUGCAAAAGGUCUGCUGGUGGCUGACCAACUGUGGGUUAUGGGAUUGCAUAGGACUGAUACAUUGUUUUCCUGCCUCCCUUUAAAGUUACAGCCAUCAUUAAUGGCCAGUUUGUGAAACUAAUCUUUACCAUCUAAGUUUCUUUCAGAAUUUGGCAGCCAGCGGUAGUCAGCUCCUUCUGGAAGGUUCCAUGACAGCCUCUCCUCUGCAGUAGCACCUUUUGUGAUCUGGAGACAGAAAAUAAGGUUGUCAGAAACUUCUAGCAAAAUUAACUGAAGACAAACCUGAUAAAAAAUAUGAAAGUUUCUUUCAUUGGGGGCCUGAUAGGCAACUCUGGUCUUCUCCAAAAGGAAAGUCUGAAUGGAAGCACUAGUCAGAUGGUGGAAUCUAGAGGGGAAAAAAAAAGCACAAGUAUUUCAACAAAACCUCCUCCCAGAAUCUGAGACCAGGGUGAGAGCUUGCAGAGAAAAAAAAGAGCAUAAGAAUGUAAGCUGCCAGUAAACCGAAAAAGGCUUGUAAAGAUUUAAAGGAAGAAGACAACAGACAGAGAUUUUCACGGUGAUUGUUACCUGUCUAACUGAAGCUGGAUGUAUUUUCCAAACCGGCUGCUGUUGUUAUUGCGCAGGGUACAGGCAUUUCCUGUGAAAGUGCAGACACAGCAUCAUCACAGUGGUUCCACUCUUCCAGGACAAAUAGACAAGAUCAGUGGGUCUGACAGCAUCUGAGAAGCUGGUGCUCUGGAAAAGGAGCGGCUCUGACUUUUGGAUUGCAGCAGAAACAAGAUCUGCUGGUGUGCUGUGCUGGUGUGCUGUGCUGGUGUGCUGUCCUCUUCCUGCUUCCUCUAAAAAUCACUGGAAGCCAGCUCAAGGUCCCACAGGCAGAGGAGUCCAUGAUCGCUGCGGGACUCGGACUUUUUCUUAAGAGGUGCUUCUCUUGCAAGUGGGGAUUUGAGCUGCUGAUGUUAUUGCAUGCUUCACUGACCAGGAAACAGAAACUUGACGAGGGUCACAUUUUCACACACCCAUUUCAUUGAUGCUGUAGGGAAUAUGACUAAGAAUGUCACCAGAGAAGGACGUACUGUAAGGUUAUUCACUCCUGGGGCACGGUAAGAUCUGUAACGCUGGGGAUGGCUGAGCGGCAGCCAGGGCUGUUGUUUGGCACUCCUGAGAUCGAGGAGUCACUGAGGAACAGAUGGCUCUGAUAUCAGGGUCUGUUUAAUGAACCAGUACCUAAGAUUAAUUUGUGAUGAAGCUCUAAGAGCCCUGUUUUACAAAACUAACUCAAGUUCACGUUUGUGUUUUCAGGGGAAGGAAGAAGCAUGUCACAAAAACAUCUGAAAGAAGCCUUUAUCAGCAACUUAAAUGGAACUAGUUUGCUGGAAAUUUCCCUAGGCAUGUCUCUAGCUCCUCUCUGCCUGCUUUGCAGAGGACUCCUCUUGAUUUUGUAUUACCUGCACUAUGGGAAACCUCUCCAUUCAAGGAAAUACUGUCUGCUGCUAGACUUCCUUGUGCUGGUAUCUCCCCUCCUGUUCUCCUGUACAGUCUUGUCUCCAGUCAUCUUUUUCAUGCCAACUAUCAUUGCAGCCUUCUGUGCCGGGGUAUUUUCUAAAAUAUACAGCCAAAGGAAGCAAGAGACCAGAGUGCCCUUGAGGCAAAUUGUAAAAGACUUCCAGAAGAUGUACUUGGAUUCAGAAUACAUUCCAGCAAUAACUGUGUUUCGUGUUUAUGUCAACAUGUUGACAUCCAUCAGCAUUUUAGCGGUGGAUUUCCCGCAGUACCCGAGGCGAUACGCCAAAGCCGAGACUUAUGGAACAGGAGUUAUGGAUUUGGGGGUUGGAGCUUUUAUUUUUGGGAAUGCUCUUGUCUGUCCUGAAGUUAGACAAAAAACUUGUGUGACACAAUCACAAUUUUCCAGCGUGGCCAAGCAGUUCUUUUCCGUUUGGCCGUUGGUUUUCCUUGGCGUUGGACGACUGCUCAGUGUGAAAUCUCUCGAGUACCAUGAACACACUUCAGAGUACGGCGUGCACUGGAAUUUUUUCUUUACCUUAGCAUUUGUGAGGCUUGCAGCAUCUCUACUUUUAGCCAUAUUUCCAAAAACUAGUUCUUGGAUUGUUGCUGUAAAUCUUGCUGUACUGUAUCAGCUUCUCCUUAACACCACCUCUCUGAAGACAUUCAUCUUGCACGGGAGUGACGGCAGAGACACCAGGAUUGGCUUUCUAAAUGCCAACAGGGAAGGCCUGCUCUCUCUUUUUGGCUAUCUAGCCAUAUAUAUGGCCAGCGUCCAAGUGGGCCUGUGGCUGCUGAAGUGCAGGAGCUCAGUCAAAGGCUGGAUGGGAGCAGUGCGUGUGUUGGUGCUGACCGUUCUCCUGCUCUUCGCGUUCCUUCACGCCUCGCAGGCCUACGCGGACCCCGUGUCCCGCCGGAUGGCCAACCUGUCCUACUGCAUAUGGGUGGUCGCUCACUGUCUGACUUUGUUUCUCUGGUUUGUAGUGACUGACCUCAUGCUGGUGUUCACCAAGCUUCUGGUGAAGGGCUCCAGCGUGCCCUGCUGCUGGAAUGCUGUCGAGCCCCCUAACGCCAGUACAAGGCGUGAAGUGAAGGCCGUGCCCAGCAGGAGGGAAGGCAAGCAGCUGCCUGUUUGCCUGAUUAGCGCUAUUAAUCAAAAUCAACUACUGUUUUUCUUGCUAGCAAAUGUCAUGACUGGUACUGUGAAUAUACUGAUAGAUACAAUCCACAGCAAGGCUGCAUUUACGUUGUGUAUACUACACUUGUAUAUGUUUUUUAACUGUUUAAUUAUGCAUAUAUUGCAUGCCAAAAACAUAGUAUUAAAGUUUUGGUGAUUCCACUCUG